AUGACGGUUGACUAUUUUUUACCAAGCUAUCUUCGUGAUAGUCCUUUAUACAAAAAUAAUAAAAGAUUAUAUUCUUCAAUUUCUUUACCUACUCAAUGGAAUGCUGCAGACUGUUCACCAUAUAUUACAAUCGUCGAUGAUGAAAAUUUAACAGUAAAAUAUAUCGGACCAGGUAGAAAUUGGGUAGAUGCCGCUUCAAUAAGAGCAAACUACUCUAUUCCGCCUGAGGUUGGCUUGUAUUAUUAUGAAAUGACUGUUGUAAAUUGUGGAGAUCGAGGGUGUAUUGGAAUUGGUCUAAGUAAACCAGCUACUCGUCUCAAUAGAAUGCCAGGAUGGGAACCAAAUACUAUAGGUUAUCAUGGAGAUGAUGGGAAUUUAUAUUGUGAACGUGGAACUGGUGCAAAAUUUGGUCCACUUUAUACCACAGGUGAAACUGUUGGAUGUGGUAUCAACUUUUUUGAUAAAUUUAUUUUUUUCACAAAAAAUGGUGUAAUUUUAGGAAUUGAAUUAUUAUUUAAUUUUGAUGGUUAUCCUUUUGGUGCAUUGAAUAAAAGUAAAAUUAUGGGUGAAAUGUAUCCAAUGUGUGGAAUGGAAAGUCCAAAUGAAAGCAUAACGGUUAAUUUUGGUGCAAAACCUUUUAAAUUUAAUAUUGAUUGCUACGCAAAGAAAAUCUUUGAAAGGGCUGAAAAAAGGAUAGAAGAAGAAAAACAGAAAGCAAUCAAAGCAGCAGCAGAUUCUGCGGCUAAUUCAAUACAAAAUCAAGCUGAAGUCAUAAAUACAACGAACCCAAUAGCUAACCCUUCUAAUGAUGAAAUAAUAAAUCAUAAUACAAAUCAUGAUGUCGCUGUAGUUGAAUCACAUAUGAAUGCUAUUGACACGAACAUUACUGACACAUUGACAUCUACACCAUCCGAUAUUGGUGACGUAGUUAGUUCUAAUGUUCCCAUCAUUUCUACACCCACUACCACUUUGUAA